AUGGUCGACAGGUUUUCUGCCAGCUUGAUUGGGAGUCACCUGACUGCUAAGGCUUUUCCUUAGCGAGAAACGGUUCGAGACAACUGAAAGUUCGAACGAGUUUAAUUGCCCCACCGGUUCGGACCAAGCCACCAUUCAGAGUCAGCGGGAUACAGAUACAGAACCACAGGAUUAUUAAAUCGCAAAACGCCAGACUGACCGAGGAUGUCUGAGACGCAUUUAGCCCUGUACCUGACGCGCCUGGUUGACACUCUGCAGCAAGAGUUGAACGACAAUCUCCUCGCAGUCUACAUUUUCGGUUCAGCCGGCUACAACGCCUACGAGCCUGACACCAGCGACGUUGAUAUCUAUGCAGUGAUCCAUCACGAGCUAAAAUCGGAUGACUACAACCAACUCGCUCGCAAGAUCAGCCAUGCAUCUAUCCCCUGCCCAGCACGCAAACUCGAGUUUGUCCUGUUCACAAAGUCCAAUGCAGCCCGGCAGACAAGCAGCCCGCGAUUUGAGAUGAACUUCAAUACGGGGAGAGAAAUGGAGCGUGAUUACAUCAACCUAGAUGCCUCGUCCGAGCCUGGAUUCUGGUUCGUUCUUGAUAUGGCAAUGGGUCGUGAGCUGGGCACGGCCCUUUUGGGACCGCCGGCUAGCGAAGUCUUUGCUGCGCCGAAGAAAGAGUGGAUUCUUGAUGCAAUGGUUGAAUCUCUGGAUUGGCAUCGUCAGCAACCGAGCUUGACACCUGAUGCAAUUCUGAAUGCGUGUCGGGCACUGCGGUUUGCGAAAUCUGGGGGGUGGGGGUCUAAGAAGGCUGGCGGGGAUUGGGUGAUCCAAUAUUACGGGGAACAUGAGGCUCAUAUUGUUUCUCUUGCUCUGGAGGCCCGCCGUUUGAAAGGAGGAAUGCCCCAGAAUCAAGUAGUGGAGUUCUUGGAUUUUGUAAAAACAGAGCUCGAACAGUGCAGGAGCGCAAUCUAACUGGGGUGGCAGGCGGGCUUUUCACUUGACCUGUCAUGUUCCCCGAAGACGGGCCUACUAGGUGCAGCCCUGCAAGAAAGGAGCUCUUAUAGAAUCAAGUCAGUUUAAAGAUCUCCAAGCUCAAACUUUAUCCCACUAGUCUAAGCGAUAAGCAAACAUAUGAGAGCCUCUGACUCCACUACAUACAGACAGUCACUGAUUUUGGUAACCUCUUCGCGACCCUUGACGUGAGCCCAGACGGCAUCAACCUACUCCGGGAUGUGAUACGGAACCGCAACAGCUUUCACAAGGAGCAUCACCUGAACAAGGCUCGCUCGCGCGGAGCUGAGCUCAAGCAGCUCUCCGACUACCCCGACAAGGACUGGACUGGAGUGAAACCACACGUCAUGCUAG